AUGACUUUCAAGCGAAGGAACGGUGGGAGGAACAAGCACAACAGAGGCCACGUCAACCCAAUCAGAUGCUCCAACUGCGGCAAAUGUUGCCCCAAGGACAAGGCGAUUAAGAGGUUCAUCGUGAGGAACAUAGUGGAGCAGGCUGCCAUUAGAGAUGUUCAGGAAGCCAGCGUCUACGAAAGUUACACACUCCCGAAGCUGUAUGCAAAGAUGCAAUACUGUGUCUCAUGUGCGAUCCACGCUCACGUCGUCAGAGUCCGAUCCCGCGUCAAGCGUAGGGUCCGUACUCCUCCGCCACGUUUCGCUAGACGCAAGGAGGAUGCUCCCAAGCCUGGACAACCUGGACAGGCUCCUCGUCCUGCUGGACCAGCUGGAGCUGGAGCUGCACCGCGUACCUGA